AUUUUUAUCUUCACGUUAUUCAACCCGGUGCAUCAAUGUGUAUCCUUCGGACAUGCAUAACAGGAACUAGAUUACUCGUUUACCUGGUCGAGAUAUACGGCUCAAGGCAGGUUUCGCCGGUCGACAAAUGGUGCUUACUUUUCGGAGACACCCGACCCCACUCUGAACAUGUAUCUCCAACAUGACCACAGCUAGACUAGGCUAUUAUCUGUGUGUUUUACUGGUGAUGACACACUUGUGAUUGAUUUCAUAGAAUAUGGCAUACCAUAUAUCUAAAGGGAUGACUAAAACAUCUCCAUUGGUUACAUUUUCGUCAAUUUUAGACAUUUUCAGAAAGUAUCGCCAAAUAACAGUCUACAUAUUGAUAACCUGUGUUGUGGGGGUCAAUGUAUAUGUGAAUAACUCUACAUGUGUGACUGAUGUUGAAAGAGUCCCAUAUUGUCCGGCAACUGAAGAAAAAUGGCGUAUGGCUGCUGAACGGAAAAACUGUUCCUCGAAGAUUCCUGAGUGUCCUUACACGGAUCCACUGAAAUAUCACUGCCUCAUCAAUGCCUGGCGAAACGAGACUUAUGAAUUAUGUGGUGUAGAUACAGAAAUCAUAGGGUUUUCUUGUGCAGAAUACAAUGCGGGUGGAAAGAAGAUACAGCCAAACUACGCUAGUAGAUGUGAAUAUUUUGAUCCUGGCUGUCCUUUCAAGUAUAAUUCUUCAACAGGGUACUUUUAUCCGAAGUGCUAUCAGAUAUUACAAAAUGACCACAUAGUAGUCGAAGCUCUUAGUACCCGACAACCCGAUGAUACAACUGUUGUAAAUGUGACUUCUGCACAACCCGAUGAUACAACUGUUGUAAAUGUGACUACUUCACCAAGUGAGGAUGAAACGUCACCAUUUGCCAUCGCUGCACCUCUUCUUCUCGUAUUUUUGCUGAUUGUGAUGGGUAUACCACUGUACAUAAAGAUAAAGAAAAUACUCGAAAGACGGAUGCCGAGAAACGAUGAAAGGGAAACUACAGAAGAUACCCCAAUGGUCGAAACGGUGUGAUAACAAAUAUUAAUAUCUCAUGUAAUAUAGUCGAAGCCGAUUGGUCGAGAACAUUUGAAAAAACAUUGUUACCCUCUGAGAACAGAAAGCACACGCUCGAGCGUGAUGGUAUUUAGCAACGGGUAACAUCACUCCAUAACAGGUAAUAUUAUUUAAAUAUUGAAUGUACUUGAUGGCAUUGAACAUUUUCAUUCCGAGAAAACCAUUGUCAAUCGAGGCGUAGCCGAGGUUGAAAACGGUUUCUCGAGGAGUGAACAGGUGCAAUGCUACCCUCAACUGCAUGCAAUGUUUGUUUUAUUAUACUGAAUGUUAUACAAACAGCAAAGCAUAAAAACUUACGUUUGUUGACAUUUGCUAAAUCACUGUAAUGUGAUCAGUGGCGGAUUUAAGGGGAUGCAUCCCCCGCCCUAAAAAUGUUUAAUUUAAGGUAAAUCGUGGUAUCUUCUUUUGAGAAAUGUAAAUCAUUCAAGAAGCAAUAAUUUCUUCCACUCGCAGAGCAAUAAAUUACAAAAUCGUUUGAUAUAUUAGAAUACUUUUAAUGAAAGAACUUGCAUUUUUAAAACUAUUUUUUAUUAUCAAAAAUGACAGAAAAUAUAAAAACUGCCUACAUAGGUGACAUGGGAGACAUAUUUGAAUUCCUAUAAAAUCUCUAAAAUCCACGAGCGUCCAUUGGGGACCUCAAGGCGGCUCACAGACCACCUGCCUCAUAAAGUUGCCUCAUAAAUCCCCCCCCCCUAACCACAAUUUCUGGAUCCGCCCCUGGUAUAUCAAUCCGAGUAUGCGCUCAAACGACGUCGUUUAACAAUCUACGGAGAACCGUACGAGUAUAAAAUGGAAGUAUUUUUAUGAUAUCACCCGUUGUCAAGUAUUAUUACUCGUUACUAGAUACUAGUAUUUUGGAGCGUGAGCUUUCUGUUCUCAGAGGGUAACAAUAUGCUUUUAAAUGCUUCUCGACCAUCAGAUUCAAGUAUCUGUUGAUUAGUUGAGGAUAACACUCAAAAUUGCCACCACUCGAGAAACCGUUGUCACCCUCGGCAACUCCUCAGUUGACAAUGGUUUUCUUGCCCCAAUGUAACCCUCAAGUACAUGCAAUAUUCAUUUACUAGCACAUGUACAUGUACAAAUUGUUUUCUAUUAAAAUUGUUUUGAAAUUGUCAAUUUGACUGACUAAUGCACUUGUGUUUGCGGAUAUUAAACGAGCGUAAACAUGACGGAAGGUUUGCCCAUUGUGACGUCAUAAUAGACUGGAGUAAAAGCGUAACGUCAAAUGUAUACAUUUUGUACAUACAUGUAAUGUAUUUCAUAUAAAAAAAAUAAGACGUAAACAUCUAGCAAGGGCACACAUUCCAUGAAAAUGGGAAUAGCUUUCUUUUCAUUUUUAGCGACUGUUAAUGCUGAUUUGAUGGUCACAAACACCCGAUUCACCGGAAAAAUCGGCAUUAAGGCUCGCAAAUAAUAAACGAGAAGUUAAUUUUUCCUUAAAUGCAUAUUUUUUCAUUAUGUUGUCUAUUUUUAUUAGUGUAUCUGAUGUUCUUUUUAAACAUGGAGGCUAUCCUGCAAUAUCCACAAGAAUGCAUGUCUUAUUUCCCAAAUUAAUAGUAUGGAACAAUUGCGUAAAUUCAACUGCCGUGUAUAAUAACAUCAGUAUGCCAAUUUCACAUUUCGGAUUUUAUUAAAUACUCGACACUUUUAGUAAUUCCACUCUCAUUUGACGUCAUAAGAGUUUACAAAUUCAUUGAUUUAUUUCGAUUGAUGCAUGGUAUGAACUUAAAUUUUGUUGGAGUAUUUCCUGAUAGUAAUUGUAAAACAAUCUUAUUUAACAUACAAUAUUUUAUAAGUCUAAUGUAUGUAUGUUAAAUAAGUUUAUAUGUUUAUUUAAUAGUGGAUCCAAAGGCAAUAACUCUGUUUUUAUUUAUUUCAUUAUCGACUUCAUUGUACACUAUAUUUCCUUUAUUUUUCAAAUAUUUGGAAAUCAUUGAGAAUCAUUGAAAAUGUUUGUUAAUAAACAGUUUUAUGAAAUUCUCAUGAAUUCUAUUAUAUCCUUAUAACCAGAUUUUGUGUAAUUUCAAUAUUGCUGUUAAGGAGAUUGUAAUCUUUUCAUGAACGAUUAUUUUUGUACAUGCCUCGCAUCUUACAAAUUGCAAUAAACUACGCUGUAUAUAUUAUA